AUGUCAAGGGAUCAAAGAGUUUACGCAUUUGGAUAUAAUGGUUUUGGACAAACCAAUCCUGAUACUCGAGAUAUUAUUAUCAGUUCACCAACCGACAUUACGGAAAUUACUGGUUGCGAUAAGAUAAUUUGGGCCAAUAUGAAUGCAACUUUGGGUGAAAUGAGAGAUGUUAAAGGCGGUGGCGGUGCAAACUCAUGGGUAUUAUGGGGGUUUGAUCCAACACCUAACGAGAUAACGUUACCAAAGCUAACCGAACUUGGAAAUAUUGGGAAAUGUUUUGGCGAUGACGACGGUAUUAAAGGAUUCCUUGAUCCUGAUGGAAGUAUUCACCAUAUAGAUUUAAAUUCGAGUCAGAUCAAUGUAAGCAAUUUCUCCAAGAAAUUUGUUGACGUUGCACAACUUUGGACCAAUGAUGAUAUUGUAGGUAUCACAGAGAAUGGAAAAUUGCUAAAAUGGAAUUCAGGAGAAAGCUCAUCCGCUGAAGAAAUAAUAAUGCAGCCUAAAUAUGGAAUGAAUGAUUAUUAUUUCACUAAUAUCGCAUGUGGGGAAAAUCAUUGCUUGGCGUUGACUCACGACGGAGAAGUAUUUAGUUGGGGUUCAGGAAGGUAG